CCUCGGGGCUAGUGGCUGCCAUCCCCUUUAGCUCCGCUGGAACGCUGUGCUCGCGGUCCUCUCUCUCUAUAAAGUUGUUGUUGCGGCUUCCGCCGCGGGUGGAGGAAGAUGGCGUCGGGUGGUGGUGGCUGUAGCGCUUCGGAGAGACUCCCUCCGCCCUUCCCCGGCCUGGAGCCGGAGUCCGAGGGGGCGGUCGGGGGCUCAGAGCCCGAGGCUGGGGACAGCGACACCGAGGGGGAGGAUAUUUUCACCGGCGCCGCGGCUGUUAGUAAGCCCCAGUCUCCAAAGAGAAUUGCUUCCCUUCUUCCCAUCAACAGUGGCUCCAAAGAAAAUGGGAUUCAUGAGGAACAAGAUCAAGAGCCACAGGAUCUCUUUGCAGAUGCCACAGUGGAGCUAUCCCUGGACAGCACACAAAAUAAUCAGAAGAAGGUGCCAGCCAAAACACUCAUUUCUCUUCCUCCACAGGAGGCCACAAAUUCUUCUAAGCCCCAGCCAAGCUAUGAGGAGCUAGAGGAAGAAGAACAGGAAGACCAAUUUGAUUUGACAGUUGGUAUAACUGAUCCUGAGAAGAUAGGGGAUGGUAUGAAUGCCUAUGUGGCCUACAAAGUUACGACACAGACAAGCUUACCAAUGUUCAGAAGUAAACACUUUGCAGUGAAAAGAAGAUUUAGUGACUUUUUGGGUCUUUAUGAGAAGCUUUCAGAGAAGCACUCCCAGAAUGGCUUUAUUGUCCCUCCUCCACCUGAGAAGAGCCUAAUAGGAAUGACGAAAGUAAAAGUUGGGAAGGAAGAUUCUUCUUCUGCAGAAUUUCUUGAAAAACGGAGGGCUGCUCUAGAAAGGUACCUUCAGAGGAUUGUGAAUCAUCCUACCAUGUUACAGGACCCUGAUGUCAGAGAGUUCUUGGAAAAAGAAGAGCUGCCACGUGCUGUGGGUACCCAGACAUUGAGUGGCGCUGGUCUCCUCAAGAUGUUCAACAAAGCGACAGAUGCGGUCAGCAAAAUGACCAUCAAGAUGAAUGAAUCCGACAUUUGGUUUGAGGAGAAGCUCCAGGAGGUAGAGUGUGAGGAGCAGCGCUUACGGAAACUGCAUGCCGUUGUAGAAACUCUAGUCAACCACAGGAAAGAGCUGGCGCUGAACACGGCCCAGUUUGCCAAGAGUCUGGCCAUGCUUGGGAGCUCUGAGGACAACACAGCUCUGUCACGGGCGCUCUCCCAGCUGGCUGAGGUGGAAGAAAAGAUCGAGCAGCUCCACCAGGAACAGGCCAACAAUGACUUCUUCCUCCUCGCGGAGCUCCUGAGUGACUAUAUUCGCCUCCUGGCCAUAGUCCGUGCCGCCUUUGACCAGCGCAUGAAGACGUGGCAGCGCUGGCAGGAUGCUCAGGCCACACUGCAGAAGAAGCGGGAGGCCGAGGCUCGGCUGCUGUGGGCCAACAAGCCCGACAAGCUGCAGCAGGCCAAGGAUGAGAUUGUAGAGUGGGAGUCUCGGGUGACUCAGUAUGAAAGGGACUUUGAAAGGAUUUCAACUGUGGUCCGAAAAGAAGUGAUACGGUUUGAGAAAGAGAAAUCCAAGGACUUCAGAAACCACGUGAUCAAGUACCUCGAGACACUCCUGUGUUCACAGCAGCAGCUGGCUAAGUACUGGGAAGCCUUCCUUCCUGAGGCAAAGGCCAUCUCCUAAUGGACCAAGGACACCAGAGCCACCUGCCUGACGCUGCCUUUUUAUACACUGUUCUCCACCUCUGCCGGACCCAGUGAUGCAUCCUGCCUAGCCUGGACUUUACCCCUUCCCUCCUGCCCCCACGACCGAGCUGUCCCCAGUCACUCUAACCGUUACUUCACUUAGCUUCCAUAUAUAUUUUCUUACCUGAAAGAAUAGUUUCUUGCUUUAAGCAAAAGUCCUAUACUAGGUGGUGGAAUUAGGGGAUGGGGUGGAGUAUUGAUAUAAAUAUAUAAAUACAAAUGUAUAUUUUUCAGGAUGUGGUUAGGAACUGGGGAUAACGUUUUCUGUUACUCCUGACGGUGCCAUGAAAAGAUUAUGUAAUAAAAUACUUUAAAAUUGGG